CGUCACACUGUUAAUCCGGAAGCAAUUGUUCAAAGUAAACAUGCCAUGCUAGCCGCGUCCAAAAAAGUCAACCAAAUAUAGUUUAUUUAGAGACAUUUGAAGGCAGUUUUAUGGUUAUAAUAGCCUGGUUUUAUCCUUCUGACACUGUGGUUAGUGUAAAAUAAAUUAAUGUCAUAAAUUUAUUAUAUUCACAUAUUCUGAGAUUAGGAGCUAGCUAGCUAAAAAAAAAAAAAAAGUCCCCACGUGAGUAGCGAGCUCUCGAGCCCAGGACAGGUCAGACAUGACUGGUAACACUAUGAAACCAUAUCAUGAACCCAGUUUGAGAUAGAGUGAAAGCUUUCCUGUUACCUUGACGACCCUUCCCACAGCUCCAGCUUCCGGUGUAGUAUACUCAUCCAUAUCCAUAUCUAUAUCUAUAUCCAUAUCCGUGUCUAUGUCCAUGCCAGCGUGAAUAAGAAGGCUUCUAAUAGCGAUUCCUGUCCUUAAAGCCAUGAUGCACAACCUCAGCAGAACCAGAGUCCAGACCCUGUGAGCUCCUUGUGCACCUUUUCUCAUCUCAUCUCAUCUCAUCUCAUCUCCUGUCCUUGCCUCAGCUCUAGAAGACCCAGUUGUGAAGAGUGAAAUAUGAAGCGCAGGCUGCUUUGCUGACCUGUCCCUGGUCUACGGUCAUGCUGAGGCUCUGUACCCUGCGCUGUCACCCUCACAGACUGUUUCAUCAUGGCGCUGUGUGUCAGGACCACGUCAUGGGGCAGCUCCGGGCCUGCACGGCAGAGGACCAGCUCUUUGACGUGGUGAGCAAGAACAAGGCGAAGCUCUCCGUCAGUCAUGUGGGCUUUGCCGUGGGCCUGCUGUGGCAGUUUCAGAGGGAGAGACCAGAAAUGCUGCGGACGGUCAAACUGAUCCGGGCUCAUCCACAGUUCCUCACGCUUCGAGUUCUGGCUGAGAACAAGAUCAGCCUGAUGGAUGAUGUGACGGUGGUGGACAUACUUUAUGGUGGACUCAGACUUCAGAUUGAACCACAUGACUCGCUCAUCCAGCAGCUGGUGGUUGAAGCCUGGAACAGAUUGGAAAGAUUCCCCAUGACGACUCUGUCAAAGUUAUCUAUUUGUUUGAAUGACCUGGGGCUGCACCACAGUCCACUGAUGGGUCACAUUACUGAGAUUGUGAAUCAGAGACUGGAUUCAAUAGAAGAUGCCAGAGUGUUGACCACGCUCAUGAUCAGUAUGUCGUCCCUGCUGUCUGUCCGCUUACGGGACGCGCUGAUUGAAAAAGCCGAGAUUCUGUUGGACAGAAUGGACACAUUCCAUUACAACAAUCCCAGGAGGGUAGUACAGUUCCUCCGACAUCUCAAGUGCAUCCAUCGGCCCUUAUUGGAAAAGUGCAGCCGCAUUCUCCUGAAAAAUGUCCCUAAUCUGGAUGUGGAGAACCUCAGCAUUAUAGUGACACUGUAUCAGUCAAUGCCGUUCAGCAACUGGGACUUCAGACAGGCUGCCAUGCAGAGGCUGAUGGAGCUGAUGGACUCGUGCACUGACCCGGAAUCUUUCACAAAGCUCUUUAUUGCUCUGGGACCCCUGGCAGGACCAGCGACCAGAGAGAGGUUGGAAAGUACAGCGCUGCUGCUGGCUGAUCAGCUGAACGCUCACCAAGCUCUAGUGAUUGCCGAGACACUGGAGGAGAUGCAGAGCCGAAACUUUCAACUCAUUAAUAAGAUUGCGUCUGUACUGCACAGGAAUCUGGAGGUGUACAGGCCAGUGGAGAUUGCAAAGAUCAUCCAGGCGCUAAUUCUGCUGCACUGUCAGAGUCCUGAGCUCUUCUCCAGACUGAAGAGCAUAGUGCUCCAUUACUUACAGACCUGUGUGCACAUAUACGAGGUGAUCAUGCUGACCCGUGUGCUCGCCAUGCUGCCCUCUGCACGUAUCGAGGAGUCGGUCUUCUCUCGCAUCGAUGCCGUGUUGCCUCAGUGCAGCCUGAUAGGUCUAAGCUCACUCACAACGGCCGUUGCCAAAUGGAUGCGAAAUGACCCCUCCUACAGCCAGAGCGCUCACAGCAAGUACGUGCGUCUGCUGCAGAACCUAAACCACUGUGCACAUGAGCGAGUCCAGAUGGUCAAGAGACUGGACCUGCUCAUGGAGGAGCUUAAAUUCAUGUCAGGGGAAUGGUUUGAGGAGAUGCUGCUUGAGGAGACACUUGUGGUACUUCAGAGAUUGGCAGAUCAGCUCACCUGGACCAACAUGCUAGACAUGGUCCUCUUUUUAACCAGGACCACCUACCGCUCUACUCCACUGCUGGACCGAAUCGUCACCGUAGCCUUAGAGAACACACAUAAGAUUCAUUACUCUGCAAUUUAUAUCACUUUGCUCCCAUUUGCUGUGCUUAACUACGACUCGCCAAAGGUGGACGAGUUAUUUGAUGCUUACAUUCAACAUUUCACUCCAAAAAUUAGUUCGUUUGACCCUCACAUGUUGGUUCUGUUGGCUUAUGUCUUGGCUCUGACCAACCGUUUCCCAGAGCCACUGAUCAGAGAAAUAUUCAGAGUGGAUUUCCUGGCCAAGCUGGAUGCACAGCUCGAGACACUAUCAAGUGCUCAGAACAUGCGAGUGCGUUCGCGCCUGAUGCAGCUGAACCGUGCCGUGUGUCUCGAGUGCCCGGAGUUCCAGGUGCCCUGGUUCCACGAGCGUUACUGCAUGCAGCUCCAUAGGAGAGACCACAGCUCGGUCAAUCUAGCCCAGCAGCAGAUCCACAGGAUGCUGGGAGAAGUGCUUGGAGGCAUUAACUGUGUCAGAGUAGCAGUGUUGACUCCGUAUUUCUACACUGUUGACUAUGAGUGCGUCCUGGAUCGCAAUCAGCAAGCAGUGCCUUACAGUAAAAUGAGUGAAUUGCAGAUCAACGAAGAUGGCAAGGUGCACUGGGACUCGGGGUCAGAGAAGGAGAGGACAGAGCUACCUCCAGGUGCUCAACGCAUUGCUCUAGACUUCCUGAAUUCCAAGUCCUUCUGCAAAAACUCGCAACACCUUAAAGGAGACGUCCUGAUGAGAAAGAGACAUCUGGAGAUUUUAGGAUAUCACGUUUUGCAGAUUCCUCACUUUGAAUGGAAUUCUAUGGAGCUCUCAACACCUGAUGCCUGGAAGGAAUAUUUAAGAAAGAAGUUAUUCACAGAACUGCCCUGAGUCACAUAAACUGUCUGAACACUUUAUGAUGAUACCAAAAAUGCACUCUUUUCUGGAUAUCCAUGCUGGUGUAUUUAUCUGGGAGUGUGUGGAUACUGAUGGAUUGCAUAUGAUGUGCAAGUGCCCCAUUCUUCUCUUUAUAUUAACUCCAAGAAUACAGAGAAAUACCACACUGCCA